CGAUACCCGCACUAUGGCUGUAAUUGUCCGCGGCUCUCGUGAUCGAGCGCCUGAUUGGAAACGUCACCGGUAAUCUUCGGCAAGCGCUGUAAACACAUGAAUUAUAUUUCCCUGCCUCCCAUGUCUUGCUGGCAGUCACCACUUGAGGCGGCCGUUACUAGCCGUGCUCUAUGAGUUUCCAAUCCCGUUCUCACCACAAGAAGGUGCGUCUUGGACUUGAAUCAAGGGCUCGACUAUACGCCGCGACAAUAGAUUGAGCUUGAUAGCAAAAGCUUUAGUUGGAAAUUAUUUCAGUGUUGAAAUUGGUAAUUCUCAAAGUUUAAGGGAUUAAUAACUGUUUAAUUUUUUGUGUGUUUUGUACGGUGUGUCAGUAGGAACACCCAACUGCACAGUCCUGAUAGAUCUAGACGCAGAAAACCACUCUUGAUUUCUCCCCAAAAUUGUAUAUCCCAGUUGAUUCAACAAUUUCAGAUUUACGUCUUAAGUGACUGAUCUGUUGAACUCCGUAAAAGGAGCAUGACUGGAGAAAUAAAGUAGAGGCCGCGUUUUUAUUCUUGUACCAGAUGGCAUUGGGCAUAUCAUCGAAUCGCCACGUGUGUCAGAAAACGAAACACCAGAAAAAUAGUUUGCUGAAACCUUACAUGCAUAUGGGAUCAGUGACACAACUUGGAAAGAUAGUGUCAAGAAAUACUUUCACUCUGGCAGUGGGAACAAGAAAGUGAUUUUAUUGUUCAAAGCAAAGAAGCCACACAGAAAAGAACGCUUCAAGUUAAACGAUCUUCACUAAGGACUUCGGGAAAUUCAUUCAGCUGCUGUACUGGAUGUUUUAAAAAAGUGACUGAACUUUUGGUUUGGCUGAGAAAACAUUGGUUAUUUGUCUUUGCACUUUACUCAAGGCAAAACUUCAGAAGUGUUACUGUUUUCAUCGUUUGAAAAACAAACCAAAAGUAAAGAACCAGGACGACAAGCAUCGUGGGAAGACAAUAUCUUCAACAGUAUCAUAGCUGCUUCAUUUUCGAUGGAACCACCCUCUAUGGAAAACUGCCUUCCUGGAGCAAUGGGCAUGCCGUGCCGUUCCCCUCACAGUCAGUGGGCGUCACCCCCUGUGGCGCACGCCCACCACCCACCUCACAGUACAGCUGUCAUGAACACCUCUCCAUUCAUGGGCUACACACCGUCCUCACCAGACCACGACAGUAAAAACAACGCAUACAUGAACGACGGUAACAACGGCAGCAACAGCAACAACAACAACAACAACAACAAUUUGGGGGUGACCAUGACGCCAGCCGGUACUGUUGGCACUACCAGCAACAGUAAUAGUAAUAAUAACAACAACAAUAAUAACAAUAAUAACAGCAGCACAAACAAUAACAAUAACGAACGCAAAUCCAGCGGGGAAAGGUCAGUCGACUCCAGCGGCCCAAGGCAGAAUCAAGUUGGCACGAUUUUACUGCACGGGGAGGCCAUUGUGUCGCUUGUCAUUGACAACAAGGAGCGAUUGUGCCUCGCGCAGAUCUCCAACACUCUGCUCAAGGACUACAGCUACAAUGAGAUUCACAACCGCCGUGUGGCUCUGGGCAUCACUUGCGUCCAGUGCACACCAGUUCAACUGGAGAUUUUGCGUCGUGCCGGAGCUAUGCCAGUGUCGUCUCGUCGCUGUGGGAUGAUAACCAAGAGGGAGGCAGAGCGUCUGGUGAAGAGCUUCUUGGAGGAAAACUCACCCCCGAAACUACCCGAGGACUUUGCCUUUGAUGUGCACCACGAGUGUGGAUGGGGCUGCAGAGGUCUGUUCGAGCCAUCCCGCUACAACAGCUCCCGAGCUAAAUGCAUCAAAUGCUCUUACUGCAAUAUGUACUUUUCGCCCAAUAAAUUCAUCUUCCAUUUCCACCGGACACCAGAGGCUAAGUACAACCACCCCGACGCAGCAAACUUCAACUCGUGGCGCCGCCAUCUCAAACUCUACUCUGGUCACGACAUUGAAGAGAUCGCCUACAAAUGGGAAGAUGUGAAAGCUAUGUUCAAUGGAGGAACUCGUAAAAGGCUCUUUACCUCGACGUCGUCUUCUUCAUCAUCAUCCACGUCCUCUUCCUCCUCCGCUCCCUCAAUGUCGUCUUCAGUGAGCAACCUCUCGAGCUCCCUAGCGUCCAGAUCCUCUCAGCUCGUCGACGGUUGCAGCGGAGGGAAAAAAAGCAAACCUAGCAGCACCGUUUUGGACACAUCGGCUUACCUUCCUAAACCCCCGCCCUUCCCUAACCCCUUCAACCCGUACAACUGGCUAGCCACAGCACCAGGCAAGUCGCCGUACCCUUUCAUGGCUAUGAACUCCACACAGUCCAUGUGCUUCGGGUUCCCUCAGCAGCCCGCCAACAAAGACGCUGUGGCUGAGAGGAUGAAGGCCUCUGCUCUAGCCCCACACGCCUGGAUGGGCCGCUCGGCUUCUGCAGCAGGGCCCUUCCCCCUCUCCUCAAUGGACCUUCUGUGGGAGAAGGCGUUUCCCUUCCAGCAGGCGGCGCUCGGGUAUAGAGGGGCGGGCUAUCCCACGCCCCCACUCGCUGGAGCGACAAACCAUCCAGUGGUGGGCGGCGCCUUGAUGGAUCCUCACCUGCCGUCUCAGAACGAGGACAGACAUUGCAUCUCGCCUGGGCAUAAUAUUCCACAGAACCUCAUUAAAUCCAGUAUGGAAGGAGGGCAUAAAGGGAGGGGAGACAGAAUGUCCGCUUUCAAGAGGGUCGGCCCCAUCUCCUCCUCGUCCCCGCCAUCGUCGUCUUCGUUAUCGCCUCCUCUUAGUGGCCAAGAGGACAACGAGAACCACUUUGAGGACGAUGAUGAUCGCAGAGGGGAUGAAGACGACAAUGAAAAUGACAAUAUGUGUGCCCAGGACUUGAGCACACACUCGCACAAAGAUAAUGAAGACACAGAGGAGAUAGAUGUAGAGGAAAACCACGAGGACAAGAACAGGACUGAUGACGAGCAAGAACCCAUAGUCACUGACGACCUGGCAGAUAGAGCCGAGAAAAAAGAAGACGCUAUAUCCCAUGAACAAAUGGAAAACUUAUCAAAGGAGGAAAAGCUCCCAUGUGAUCAUCCUGAUGAAAACCACGCGACAGACAAUAACUCCCACAACUGUGAUAUGAUGCAAGAGGAGAGCGUAAAUCGUCGACCUGACUCAGCACUCAGUCCCGAGGGUUCUCGUCAUCAAAACGACCAGGAGCCAGACCACACAGUCGGCCAAGACUCAGGCAUGUCGGAUGAGUCAGACGGCGAGGUGGAGAAUCAGAGAACAUUUGGCGAUAUGUCGAAAGAGGAACUAUGUCAAACGUUGAAAAACGAAGUAGAAAGUCGUCGCCGACGUGAGAAAGAAGUAACUGUUCUGAAAGAUACUUUCAAGGAAGAAGUGAACCGAGAGAAAAACUUCAGGGAGCACAUGGCCCAACAACUGGAAAUGCUAAGAGAAACCCUUACCAAUGAACUGGAGCAAGAAAGAAAGAUCCGUUUCUCCCUUCAGCAAAAGUUGAAAGAAGCCCACGAUGCUCUCCAGAACUUUUCCUGCUCCCUCCUGACCGCCCGCAGAGAAGGCUAUCCCAUCAAAGACGCAGGGGUGGUCCCGCGGUGAAUUCGGUGCCCAGCCCUCAUACGAGAGAACAGUCUUCUCCAACUAUCUACUGAUGCUAACAGUUGGCUCUCUGCUGUUAUGUCUUUGUAAAUUAAGCCAUUCAAACCCUGAUACGAGAGAGCACAAUCUUCUGAAACUCUUUACUGAUACUAAAAUUUGCCUCUCCGUUGUCUUUGUGAAUUUAACUGUUCAAGCCCUAAUAAAGAGAAUAUAGUCUUGUCUAUCUAUCUACUGAUACUAACACUUGACUCGCUGAUGUUUUGUUUUUAUAAAUUAACCCAUUCAAACCCUGAUACUAGAGAACACAAUCUUCUGCAACUCUUUACUGGUGCUAAGACUCGCCUCUUCGUUGUCUUUGUUAAGUAAAUAGUUCAAGUCCCUUAAUUAUACAAGAGAAUACAGAUUUCUCCAACUAUCUACAGGUACUAACCCUUGACUCGCUGGUAUUAUGUCUUUGUAAAUUAAGCCAUUCAAACCCUGAUAUAAGAGAACCCAGUCUUCUGAUACUAAGACUUGCCUCUCUGUUGUCUUUGUAAAUUAAACAGUUCAUGCCCUCAUACAAGAGAAUACAGUCUUCUCAAAAUAUCUUCUGAUACAAAUACUUGACUUUGAUGUUUUGUCUUUGUAAAUUAAAUAAUAGAAAUUCGCAGAUUAGGGGUACGGUGAUUAGCCAUAUGUUCUCCAAUACGUUACGGCAUGGUACAUACUUUUUUAAAAAUCAGAGAAUCCAUCUAAUGUGACAUUAACAACGGCUCCGACGAAAAUAAUCCCAUAAGUAGAAAAAUCAUCAACACUAAACUACCAAAGCAACGCCAGUGGCGAUAACAACAACAACAGCAGCUAUAGCAGCAUUAUCAACACCAACUUAACGAUAACAACAAGCAUAGUAACAAUAAUGAAAACAAUAAUUUUAAAAUAUUACUACUGCUAACAACAACAAUGAAAGCACCAGAGGAGGAAACAAUGAUUCCAAAACAGUGGACUUGACAAAUAAUGAUAAUAAUAACAAUCAUACAAAAAUGAUGCGACGAUAAUAAUGACAAUAAUAUUACGUGUUCAAAAAGUACACCUGGCAGAAGCCAGACUGAUAUAAGAGAAAUCUUUCAUCUUUUUACAUUUGAGAAAAAUGUUGUGAUAAUCGUAUUUUAGAAAAAAAACCCUUCCAUUGGGAAACUGUAGCUAAAGCAGGACACAUGAGUUACCAAUGCUUGUACACAACAUUGUUUUUCAGAGGGGAAAAACAAGAUAAAAGAUCCUGUCGUAUAGGACAAUAAAUUGUAUAAAAGACAUGAUUUUCUAGCACUUCUAUGAAAAAAGCAACAACAACCCCCCCCCCCCAA